AUGCUUUAUAUUAAAUCAUCGCUGGCCGUGUUGUUUACAUCUGUAGCACUCGCCAGCAUCAGUAUAAGACGGGCAGGAUGGCUGGAUCGCGUUGUGGAGUAUCACAAAAAGAGUUUUCUUGAAGAUUUAAAAAAUCUUCGCGCUGUUAACUUAAAAGCAAGAAUCGAACGUCCACCACCUGGAUAUGUAGAUUCUAAGGACUGGGAUUAUGACUCCGUGAUCCGUCUCCUGACUCUCAUACGGGACAGUGAAGGUGCUAAAUCUGUUAGAGUGGCUCUACGCCGCGCCAUGAAGUCUAACAGACGGUUUAUGAGCGUUGGCAUGAGUUUCAUAGCUUUUCCUAGUUUGGCAAAGGAUAGCGAAAAUAACUUUUAUUAUAAUGAGGAUAUUGGAGAGUUCUACGCGGACAUAGAACCUAAUAUAGUAAAAUGGGACUUGGAAAAUGAUGAUAUUAUACUUGUUCAAAAUCCUGUGGAAGCAAAAUUGCCGAAUGCCAGGAUAAGUAUUCAAUUACUUAGCGGACCUGAACAACAGGGUACAAGAAACAACAAUUCAAGGUCCUUCCGG